AUGGCUCGCAAAAAUGGUAACCGGACAAAGUCUGGUGCCAGUAAGGAACAAGACCCAUACGGGUUGAACGAAGUGGAUGACUUCGCUAGUAAACGGGAGAAAGUGAUGCUCGAAAGAGCUGGCCUUGCGUCUCAAGUAGAUGAAAGCGAUGAUGAUGGUCUUAUGGAUGACCAGGAAGAAGAGCAGGUGCUAGACGUGGAGAACUCCGAGAGCGAAGAAGAAGAGGAAAACGACGAAGAUGAAGAACUAGAUGGUGAAGCAGCGUACAGGCAGGUUUUCGGCCGUAAAAUGGAAACACAUGGAGAUGAAGAUGAAAAGGCUGAUGCAAUGCUCGACAAUGAUGGCGCCUGGGGACCAACCAAAAACGAAUACUAUGGUGCAGAUGAUCUUGACGACGACGAGACCGCUAAAGAGAUUGAAAAGGAAGCACUGCGCCAGCAGCGCAAGCACCUAGCGGACCUUAAUAUGAACGACUUUCUUGAUGAAGAAGUCGAACAGGACUGGGCUCAAAGCGCCAAGAAUUUCACCCUUGGUCAGUUUCAAGCCGACAGCACAACUAAGGCGGCUGAUACUACUACAAGAGCUAAGGAUAUUUUUACUAUGACACCAGAAGGCAAAGAACGUUUGCUUAAGACCUGGUGUCCAGAAUUUUUCCCGUUGUCCAAAGAGCUGGCAUUGUGGUCUGCUGAGCUGGAAAAAGUCAAGGCUCAAUCUCAGACCGGCGAAGCUGGAAGUUUGAAAGUGGCAGCAUUGUCAUCAUAUCUGGGAACCAUCUCUUCGUAUUUUGCCGUUCUACUUCAUGAGCUGCAAACUAACGACGACUUCCAAGGCAUGAAAGAACAUCCCAUCAUGGAAUCCAUUCUCACAUCGAAAGAAAUUUGGAGACAAGCACGAGAACUACCCGAUGAGGUAUCUCCUCAAGAUCAAGAACAAGAUUCUGAAGUGGACGCAGUAUCGGAUUUGGAAACUUUGGAUGAAGAGCUCUUGGAAAAUCGUGAGCAUGACGGGUCGUCUGAUGCAAGUGUUCAAGAGUCAGAUGACGAAGAUGAGACUACAGACGCGUUCAACUUUGAUAUGAAACCGCGUGUUCAUAAAACCAAUGAUAACUUGUUGCCCAGCGCAGAAGUUGACGAUUUCGUAGAGUCCGAAGUUGCAGAUGUCGAUGCACAAGAGAAGAAAGCUCGCAAAAAGACGCUGCGAUUCUACACGUCUAAAAUCGAUCAGCAAGCAAACAAAAAGAUCGAUAGAUACAAAGGCGAUGACGACAUUCCUUACAAGGAGAGGCUCUUCGAAAGACAACAAAGGUUAUUGGAAGAGGCGCGCAAACGUGGUCAGGCUGGGCCCGACAGUGCACAACUGGACUCGAAAGAUUAUGACUCCGAAGAUGAAAAAGUCGCCCAAAAUAUCAACAAAGAUUCGUCAAAUGACUACUACAGCAAAAUACAACAGGAUGGUACGAACAAAAAGCAAGCUCGUAGGCAAGCUCACAAAGAUGCAACUUUGGCAAAUCGCAGCGGCAACUUAGCAGCAUUAUCUGGCGAAGCCGACGAUAAUACUAAGCGUGCUGUCAACUAUCAAAUCAUGAAGAAUAAGGGCCUCACUCCUCACCGUAAAAAGGAUAACCGUAACUCGCGUGUCAAGAAGAGGAACAAGUAUGACAAGGCGCAAAAGAAACUCAAAUCGGUUCGCGCUGUUUAUUCUGGUGGGCAAACUGGCUCUUACGAAGGUGAAAAGACUGGUAUCAAGAAAAAUUUGACAAGAUCAGUCAAAUUUAGAGAAUAA